GGGCGCCCGCGCAAACGCCCGGAUGGGCCCUAGCUUCCGGCGCACUCCGGGCGGACCCGUAGGGAACGCGCACCGCCGAGUUCUCAGAGUUGGGCGCACAGCGGUAUUCAGCCCACCGUGGGCUUCUGUGCACCGCAUACCUCCGCGUAUUAGUGGCCUGGGCGCACGGCGGACCUAGGUGCACGGUGGACUCUGGCGCAUUGGUGACCUGGGCGCUUUGGGGACUUCACCUCACCGCGGACUCCGGCGCACCUCAGACCCCGGCGCAUUGGUGAACUCGGCUCACCGCGAGCCCCGGCGCAUUGGUGACCCAGGCACACCGCGGAACCCCGGCGCACGGGGGACUCUGGCGCACUGGUGACCUGGGCGCUUUGGUGACUUUGGCGCACCGCACACCACGGCUUCUGAGGGAGUGUGUGCGGCUCUAUGUGACUAGAAGACGGAGCUUUAAACCGAGUUUGAGGGGCGGCCCUGACCCCUCGGUCGAGUUCCUGCCGCUUCCGCCGCCGGGGAGCCUCGUUUCUCUUUGGACUUAGUUCGAGCGCCGGUGACUUGGGACUUAGUUCGAGCGCCGGUGACUUGGGACGCGCGAGUAGAGUGGUGGCCGAGGUCCCGGGCGUCGGGCUACCGCGCAUCCCGUGAGGGAAACGAAAUCUCCCUCCCUCCCCCCGAAGCGCGGAAAAAUCCCAUGUGGUGAGGCGCAGCGGCGUUUACUGGUUAUUGGAGACACACCUGUGGUCACCGACGUGAGGUACGUUUUCUUUACUGGUUCAAGCGGUUAUUCAAUACCAACAUGUCUCUGUCUACUGAGGGUGCCAUGAGCACCUCACAGACUCCAGCUUCGGAACCAGAGACCCUGUAUAGACCAAAGCCAUUGUUUAUGAAGUUGUUGAAGUCUGUUGGCGCACAAAACGACAUUUACACUAUCAAAGAUAUUAUAUUUUAUCUUGGCCAGUAUAUAAUGACUAAACGAUUAUAUGAUGAGAAGGAGCAGCAUAUGGUAUAUUGUUCAAAUGAUCUUCUAGGAGAUUUGUUUGGAGUGCCAAGCUUCUCUGUGAAGGAACACAGAAAAAUAUAUGCAAUGAUUUACAAAAACUUGGUAAUAGUCAAUCCGCAGGAACCACCAGAUUCCAGCACAUCUGUGAGUGAGAGCAGAUGGCACCCUGAUGGUGGGAGUGAUCAGAAGGACCCUGUGCAAGUGCCACAGGAAGAGAAACCUUCAUCUUCCAAUUUGGUUUCUAGCCCAUCUACCUCAACUAGAAGGAGAACAAUUAGUGAGACAGAGGAAAAUUCGGAUGAAUUAGCUGGUGAACAACAGAGAAAGCGCCACAGAUCUGAUAGUAUUUCCCUUUCCUCUGAUGAAAGCCUUGGUCUCUGUGAAAGAAGCUGUAGCAGUGAGUUGACAGAGACUCCAGCAAAUCCAGAUCAUGAUGGUGGUGUAAGUGAACGUUCAGCUGAUUUGUUGGAUCAAGAAUCCAUUUCUGAUCAAUUUAGUGUAGAAUUUGAAGUUGAAUCUCUUGAUUCAGAAGAUUAUAACCUUAGUGAAGAAGAACAGGAACUCUCAGAAGACACUGAUGAGGAAAGUCUAGUUACUGCACAUCAGGCAGUAGAAAGUGAUUCAGAUUCAUUUGAAGAAGAUUCUGAAAUUUCUUUAGCUGACUAUUGGAAAUUUACUUCACACAACAAAAUGGGUCCUGCUGAUGGUGAGAACUGCCUUCCUAAAGAUAAAGGGGAAAUCCCUGAGAAAACCAAAGUGGAAAACUCAACACAGGAAGAAGAGAACAUGGAUGUGCCUGAUGGUAAAAAUUUUACAGUGAAAGAUUUUAAAGACUCUUGGGAUGAGCAAAAUGAUAAUGAAGCCUCCCAAUCACAAGAAAGCAAGGAUUAUUCUCACCCAUCAACUUCCAGUAGCAUGAUUUGUAGCACCCAAAAAGAUGUCAGACGGUUGGAGAGGGAAGAAACACAAGACAAAAAAGAAAGUAUGGAGUCCAGUUUUCCCCAUAAUGCCAUUGAACCUUGUGUGAUAUGCCAAGGUCGGCCUAAAAAUGGUUGCAUUGUUCAUGGCAAAACAGGACAUCUUAUGUCAUGUUUCACUUGUGCAAAGAAACUGAAAAAAAGGAAUAAGCCCUGUCCAGUGUGCAGACAACCAAUUAAAAUGAUUGUAUUAACUUACUUCAACUAGUUGCAUUUUGUUAAAGUAGUAUUAUACAUUUCUAGCUAUAACUCUAAAAAUUUAGAUAACCUGGAUUUUAUCUUUGCUUACAUGUAUCAAGAGAAGUAUCCCCCUGUAGAUUUCCUUGUAGUGUAAUUUACCUACUUUGGGAAGAAAAGUAGUGAAUAUGUUCUUUUCUUUUAUGAAAAUUUCGCUUCUGUUUAUAUAUUGCAUUUGGAUUUUAAUGUAAUUUACAUUAGAUAUAUAUCUUCCUUUACCUUUAUCCCUCAUAUUCUAUAUAAUUUCUAAUUUUUCUUAGGUAAGAA